CGUGGAGCUGUCUCUGCUCUCAGGUUGCUGACUCUGGGACCUUUGGAUUACACCCAGGACUAGACAUUGAUUUCAGUUUUGGUUACUUUAUUACUUGUGACCGUUUCCUUCUCUACUCAGAUGAUUUUCACUUUGCUGUAACUCCUACUCCCAACAUCUGCUUCUGUGUCUUUUAUUUCCUCUUCUCUGUCUCAAGACUUUGAGUCUGAUCUGAUUCAUUGUCAUAAAACUCUUUUCCACAGUCCUUCAUACAAGUCUCCUUUAUCUCGGAGCCUGGUCUGAACUCGAUCUUAAUUCUUCUGCUCGCUCUGUACCCAUGCAUGCGUUACAUGUAGGGCACAGUGCCAGUCUGGACAGGAAGACAAUGGAGAGGGUCAUACAGAAACUGGAUGGACUGUCAAGGCUUAGCGGGGUUCCUCAACUGCAGAGAAGUCACCCCUACCUUCCAGACAUUACCCGAGAUAUAAAGGACCAUCUGCGCCAAAUUCUAGACAAGACCUCUGACCUGAGUCAUAACCAGUACCUGCAGGUGACAGUGAAUAGUCUGCUCAGCAAGACCGCGCAAUGUGCUGAAAUAGUCAAAAAGGAAGGGGCCGUGGCCAGGAGGAACCUCACUAAGUUGUCUCUAAUCUUCAGUCAUAUUCUUAGUGAACUCAGAGCCUUGUUCCCUGGGGGACGAUUUCAAGGAAAUUCAUAUCGGAUCACGAAACUUGAAGCAUCAAAAUUCUGGGGAGAAACAUUUGGGAAAAGGUGUCUUGUGAGAUGGGAGGAGUUUAGGGAUAGGCUUCAUUCUAUGCAUCCAAUUGGGGAUGGGCCUCUGGAAUCUGCUCUUCGCAGUACGAUGGAUCUCACAUGUAAUGAUUACAUUUCAGUGUUUGAGUUUGACAUCUUUUCCAGACUAUUUCAGCCAUGGGAGACCUUGCUCCAGAACUGGAUGUUGCUGGCAGUCACCCAUCCUGGUUACAUGGCAUUCCUAACGUAUGAUGAAGUAAAGGAAAUUUUACAGGGUCACAUUCACAAGCCCGGCAGCUAUAUCUUUCGAUUGAGCUGCACACAUCUCGGACAAUGGGCAAUUGGCUAUGUGACAUCUGGAGGCAACAUCCUACAGACCAUUCCACAUAACAAGUCUUUAUAUGAAGCUCUGAAGGAAGGAGAGCGAGAAUGCCUGUAUCUCUAUCCAAAUGGUUUGAGCAGUAACCCCGAUUUAUUGGCACUCGCCAACCCAACCCUAAACACAUUGAUUCAAGUGACUCCGGAACAAUGGGAAUUGUACUCAGAUAUGGAUUCCACAUUUGAACUGUGUAAAAUCUGUGCAGACAAAGAGAAGAAUACUAAAAUACACCCCUGUGGCCACUUACUGUGUGACACGUGCCUAACGGCAUGGCAGAAAUCUGACAACACGUGCCCAUUCUGUCGCACCAAAAUCACAGGCAGAGAAGAGGUUCACAUUGCCGCAGCCUCAGAAGUGGAACUGCCAUCAAGUCUACCAAACACUGCAGAACAGUCAGACAAUGAUCAGAACGCUGCCUCAAAUAUAUGGCAUGGAUUCACUGAAAAUGUUCAUGAAGAGGAGGCAGACUGGAUUAGGAACCGACCAUUACCACCACCACCUCCUAAUGCCCCCAGCGUCUCUGCUCACCACUCAUCCACAAGGGCUUUGCCUAGUACACCUACUCUUGAUUCUCUUCCUUCUACGUCCAGAACAUCAUCAGUUCCCUGGGCUGCCCGAUUCUCCCUGCCAUCUCAAAGAGUACAACUGCGGGCUCUGGAUGUUAUCAAUAGAGGCACAAAUCCAUGCCCACCUCCAAUAACAAGACGUACAUAAGGGAAGAUGGGAUGAUUUAUGGACCAACCAUUUAUUGAUGACAUAUGUCAAGACUAUUGUAAACUUCCUGCCAUGCAAUGAAGAAAACCUCAAUAUCCCUUGUAUGUUUUUGUAAGGUUUAAGUACCCUUCACCACAGCUUGAAUUUUCAUGUGGUUAUACAAUGAAUUGGACAAGUAGAAAUGAUUGCAUCAGACACAGACUGUGGGUCAUAAUGGUAAACACCUACUGUAUAUUAGGUGAGAAGAAGCAUAAAUCAAUCUUGGGGUUCAAUUGAGACCUGCUGGGAUAUCCAAGAAGAUAAUGAGUGUCUGAAGAUCGUGGAGAAUGGAAAGAGACAAUAUUAACUAUAUGUCAUGGUGGGUCCUAUAGAAAAUAUGAAAUGUCUCCAUCUUUUGGUAUUGACUCAUACUACCAUGCGCAUGAACAUUCCUGGACAGAAGGGCUGACUCACUAAGGGUACUUUCACACUAGCGUUAUUCUUUUCCGGAAUUGAGUUUCGUCCUAGGGGCUCAAUACUGGAAAAGAACUGAUCAGUUUUAUCCCCAUGCAUUCUGAAUGGAGAGCA